UUCCUUACUUGCUGUGUGCUGCUUCCUGUUAAGUAUCACAGUAGCAAUUGUUUUACAAAAUAAAAGUAUAUGCUUAACACCUCUGUUUAGUGAACAGCGUUCUAAGUUGUCGGCAACACAUUUUAGAGUGCUUUUAUUCGUUUAAAUUUAUUAUGUAUUCAUUAACUUAAUAACGAUGUUUUGAUUCAUUCAGAAACUGUUUAUCAAGUAUUUUGUUUUAUAAGGGGCAGCAGGAAGCGGUAACGUGUACUUUAUGGCUCGCUUUGUAGUGGCGCUUUCAUUCUUUGUGCUGCUAACUGGUUGAUAUUUACAGACUAGCGACACACACCGUUGCUAUUAUGGAGUCACAGGUGGUAAGCAGUGCGAAGGACAUUGCCAAGCUCUAUAAAGAGCUCAGCCUCUAUCCAUCUUUGACCAGAGCAGAUGUGGGACCCGUAAUCACUUCUCAGUAUGGAGGCAAAUACAGCAACAUUUACACAGAAUGGAACCAGCGGGAUCUGGAGAGGAAUGAGACUGUUAAGUUUUGCAGGCAGUACAUUGUAUUUCACGAUGACGAGUCUGUGGUCUACUCUGGAGCCUCGGGAAACUGCACUGAGAUCAAAGGAGAGGUGCUAAGUAAGGAUUCUCCUUCUGGUGAAAUGAAGGCAGUUGUCAGAGAAUGCACGGUUCAAGGGAAAGAUAAACAGUUUCUGGAGAUCUGGAGUAAAAACAUCAAGGUGAAGAGCAUAGAUCUGACAGCCUUAAAGAAGCAUGGCAAAGUUUAUGAAGAUGACCAGUUUGGCUGCUUGGUUUGGUCUCACUCUGAGACCCACCUCUUAUAUGUGGCAGAAAGAAAAAGACCAACAGCAGAAUCUUUCUUCCAGACGGAGUCUCCAGAGUUGUCUUCUAUUGGAGAUGAGGACGAGACCUUGAGAACUGAGAAAAAGGAGGCUGUGAAAGGGGAGCAGUUUGUCUUCCAUGAGGACUGGGGAGAGACUUUGGUUAGUAAGAGCUGUCCUGUGCUUUGUGUUUUGGACAUCGAGGGAAGCAAUGUUUCUGUGUUGGAGGGAGUGCCUGAAGAUAUCUCACCAGGGCAGGCAUUUUGGGCUCCAGGUGACACAGGUGUGGUUUUUGUAGGCUGGUGGCAUGAGCCUUUCAGACUUGGCCUGAAGUACUGCCCCAACAGGAGGUCAUCUUUGUUCUACGUGGAUCUUACUGGUGGGAAAUGUGAGCAGCUUUCAUCAGGCACCAGCGCAGUGUGCUCUCCCCGGCUUAGCCCGGACCAGUGUCGAAUUGUCUACCUAGAGUGUUCUGUCUAUGGACCACACAUGCAGUGCAACAGGCUGUGUAUGUAUGACUGGUAUACUAAGAAGACCUCGGUGGUGGUGGAUGUCGUGAAGCGACCUGGAGAGGAUGGCUUCACCGGUAUCUACAGUUGUCAGUUGUCCCCUCAGUGCUGGUCAGCUGAUAGUCAGCGUGUUAUUAUUUCUUGCCCUCAGCGCAGCCUUAAGGAUCUCUUGAUGGUGGAUAUCAGCACAGGGAGCAUCACCUCUCUGACUGCAAAGUCUGAGGUUGGUAACUGGUGUCUGCUGAACAUAGAGAGAGAUCUGAUGGUGGUGAGCUGCUCUUCUCCCAACAGCCCUCCAAAUCUGAGGGUGGGUUUCCUCCCAAGCAGGGAGUUCCAGGAGGAUGUAGUCUGGGUUACUCUGGAAGACUCUCCGACGUUGCCAGAAAUCGACUGGAAAAUUUUGACCUUCACCCCUCCUCCAGACCAAGACAACAGUCAAUAUCCGGGCCUUGAUUUUGAUGCUUUGCUGAUCAAACCAAAGGAGGUUAAGGAUGGAGUGAAGCUGCCUCUUAUCGUCAUUCCUCAUGGUGGCCCUCACUCAGUGAUAGUGGCUGAGUGGGGUCUUUCCGUUGCUGUGCUGUGCAAAAUGGGCUUUGCUGUAUUACUGGUGAACUAUCGUGGCUCCAUUGGAUACGGCCAGGACAAUAUCCUCUCACUGCUGGGCAAUGUUGGCAGCCAGGAUGUCAAAGAUGUUCAAUUUGCGGUUGAAAGUGUGCUGAAAAGCAGCGACCUCGACGUGCAGAAAGUGGCCGUUUGUGGAGGCUCUCACGGCGGUUUCCUGGCCUGUCAUCUGAUCGGACAGUACCCAGAAUUCUACAAGGCUUGUGUGGCUCGCAACCCUGUCAUCAACUUGGCCUCCAUGAUUGGCAGCACAGACAUACCAGACUGGUGCAUGGUUGAGGCUGGCUAUGACUACAGUACAGACUGUCUGCCUGACCCUGCUGUUUGGGAGCAGAUGCUGAAUAAGUCCCCUAUUAGGCAUGUUGCACAGGUAAAGACGCCGGUACUGCUGACCUUAGGAGAAGAUGACAAGCGUGUACCUAACAAGCAAGGAGUCGAAUAUUACAAAGCACUCAAAGCAAAGCAGGUUCCCGUUCGGUUACUGUGGUACCCGGGGAACAACCACUCUCUUUCCAAGGUGGAUGCUGAAUCAGAUGGCUUUAUGAAUAUCGCUCUGUGGAUAAUUCAACACCUGAGUCUGUGAUGAUACAGUUCAGAUAAAAACACCGUAUAGUGAUUACGUUGCUGUUGCUGCCAUGAAAGGAUAGAGUGACACUUGCACACUGUGUAAGGAUGUUACGGUCCUGUUCCUGUUUCAAGGACAGUGUGAAGUUCAAACUUAAGCCAAAGCAUUAAAAGUGCUCUCCCACCAGAAGGCACUUUGUCUAAACUCUGCUUUACUUGUAAUCUUUCUGUGGGUGUGGUGCUUUCCACUGAAUGUCCAGUAAGUUUUAACAAAACACUUUUGAUUGACAAACAUUUUAUUGAUUGUUAUUACUUUAUGUAAUCUUUACAAUCUGUAAAGUCAAGGGCUUUACAUCGUGUUGCUUGUGUUAAAGUCAAAUCACUUUAGGCGACUUGUUUCAUAUUCAGUCUUUUUAAAUCGUGCCGUUUUGAUUUCAUUCACCUAAUAAAGUAAUCGUGAACUCAC